AUGCGCUCGCAUCUUCCGCGAAGUGGUCAUGAUGGAGGAUGGGAUGAGACGUCGUUGUUAUUCUUGGCAUUCCUACAUUGCACGCAGCAGUGGAGCACCGCCUCCAAGAACACGACCUUGGGCGGCCUUAUUUUUGACCAAACAAGCAUAAAUACGCCGAUUUUCUUGAAAAUCCCACCAACUUGUCACCAACACGAUGUCCGGAUUACGAAGUGGCGUCAGAGCGUAGCGCUAGAAAAAGCGCCAGACAGUGAACAAAUUCACGUACUAUUUCUGGCAGACUACGCCAAUAUUCUUCGCGUUCUGCCUUUGAAUGUCAACGCUAGUAUGACAACAAGCGCCCAACUGAAGCGCCCCACUAACUACAGUCAUAACUUAGCAAAAUGUCCGAAAACCGAACGGAAAGCCCGAGAUCUCGAGUCUCGAGUUUCGACAAUCUUGGACGACAGGCUUAAAUACACAUACACCUUGCAGAAACUUCUCAACUCCGCCUCGCUUUGUGUAAACAACCAUUUGAGGAAGGAAGCGGGCAUCAAUGACGCAAAUCCUCCACCAACUCAGGUAUAUGGAGUGCUCCACACUCCACUCGAGGUUAUAAUGAUACGGACUUGUGCCAAGUGCGGUUGUUUGCACAAAGCGAGGCAGAGACCAGAAGUUUUCGGGAGGUGUCUAGGGUUUUGCAUUUGGCUGUCAUUAUCCACACCAAUUCAACACAUGAGGAGUGGGAUGUAG